AUGACCGAAGAAACGCUCAAGAGGAAAUUGGACACUGAGCCAGAAGCUGAAGUCAAGAAAACUAAAACAGAUGUUGAUGCCGAAACCCCAGUAAAUGAGGAGAAAAGCAAUGCCAAUGCUUCUGCUGAAACCAAGGCCGAUAGCAACGAGUCGAUAAAGUCCACGGACCAGAAGGAAGAAGCUGAGAAGGAAAAACCUGAAGAAGACAAGGAAAAUGAUGAGGAGAAGAACGAAGAUAAUGGGAAUGACAAGGAGGAUGCCGAUAAGGACGAAAAGAAGACGGAUUCUCCAGCACCUAAGGAAUCUGAAAAAGUGACCCUGACAGAGGGUGAGGCUACGCCAAAGGACUCUACGCCGGUUUUCGGUUCAAAGAGUUCUUUUGGUAACGCAUUCAAGAAAUCCGCCGAGAAGCCCGAUAUAUUUGCCUCCAGUUCGAAUGAUUCAACGGCAACUCCCUUUGGUUCCACUGGCCUGCUGUUUGGAUCGAAAUCCAAGUUCGGCAACGCUUUCCAGCAGACAUUGCUGAAGCCAUCUUUCCUCGAUAGCCCUGAACCAAAGGAAGCCAGUGAGGAUAGCGUGGACGAUUCCAAGCCAAAGCUGUCUCAACAAUACAAGCAAGUUGAUCUUGAGGAAAAGAAGGUCACUACGGGUGAAGAAAAUGAAGAGUCUGUGUUCUCUGCUACGGUUAAGGUGUUUGAAUUGGACCUUUCUAAUAUCAAAGAAGGCUGGAAAGAGCGUGGUGUGGGUCCUCUACAUUUGAAUAGAUCUCUACUGGACCCUAAGGAGGUUCGUAUCGUGAUGAGAUCGCAGGGGCUUUUGCGUGUCGUUUUGAACUACAAGAUUACUCCAGAGACUGAGCUACUCAAAGGCCUAGAAGCAAGCUUGUCGCCAGGUAAAUUCCUCAGACUCAAUUCUGUGACUGACGGUAGGGUUGUGCAAUACCUCAUAAAGUUUGGAAACGAGACCAUUAGAGAGGGAUUGGUGAGCAAGGUGACUGAGCUUCAAAAACACAUUGCGAAGGAUUAA